AAAGUGGAAGCGUUCUUCCAGUAUUUUGAGCGUAGUACACUUAGAGGAGAUUCCGAGCUUAAUGUUGUGCUGGUUAUGGGCCGGAAAGGCGAUGUUGGUGAUAACCUGAGCGACUUACAGAGCAGUGUAAUUACUGAAGAUCACAUGCCGCUGUAUGUAGCUGUUGAACUGGGCUGUUGGCCUGCUGUUGCUGCACUGCUGUGUCUUGGGGCCGACAAAAAUGUUUUGGAUCAGGGCGGCAAUGGACUUUAUCAUAUGGCUGCCAAAAGGUACCACUUUACUGUUAUUGAAAUUUUGACCAAAGUAGUUUACAUUUAA